CUGAGCGGUUGGGAGAGCGCGCGGCGAGGAGAAGGCUGUGUGUGAAUGAGCGCUGGAGAGUCUGUUGGUUGAUUCAGUAGCAGCGCUGCAGGUCUGUGAGAUAACUCGCAUGGUGUUUAGCUGUUGAGUUUUUUUUAGUUGAACCGCGGACAUGUCUGGAAGCGCUGGAGAAUGGUGUCUGAUGGAGAGCGACCCGGGGGUCUUCACAGAGCUCAUUAAAGGCUUCGGAUGUAAAGGAGCACAAGUAGAGGAGAUCUGGAGCAUGGAGCCAGAGAACUUUGAAAAUCUCAAACCAGUCCAUGGCCUAAUUUUCCUCUUCAAAUGGCAGCCUGGUGAGGAACCAGCAGGAUCUAUUGUACAAGACUCAAGACUCGACCAGAUAUUUUUUGCCAAACAGGUUAUUAACAAUGCCUGUGCCACACAAGCGAUAGUCAGUGUGCUGUUGAACUGUACGCAUUCCGAUAUGCACCUGGGGGAAACACUCACAGAGUUCAAAGAAUUCUCAAACAGUUUUGAUGCAGCAAUGAAGGGUCUUGCUCUCAGUAAUUCUGAAGUGAUUCGACAAGUUCACAACAGCUUUGCCAGACAGCAAAUGUUUGAGUUUGAUGCGAAGUCCACAUCUAAAGACGAAGAUGCUUUUCAUUUUGUGAGCUACGUGCCAGUUAAUGGAAGACUGUAUGAACUGGACGGGCUUCGUGAAGGACCAAUCGACCUUGGUGCGUGCAACCAAGAUGACUGGAUUAAUGCAGUCCGGCCAGUAAUUGAAAAAAGAAUACAAAAGUACAGUGAAGGUGAAAUCCGUUUCAACUUGAUGGCCAUUGUGUCAGACCGCAAGAUGAUUUAUGAACGUAAAAUUUCAGAACUACAGGCCCAGCUUUCAGAGGAAGAGCCAAUGGACACAGACCAGGGCGGAAAUCUCCUCAGCUCCAUCCAGUCAGAAAUCGCCAAGUACCAGCUCCUGAUUGAGGAGGAAAAUCAGAAACUUAAAAGAUAUAAAAUUGAAAACAUCCGAAGGAAGCACAACUACCUACCCUUUAUCAUGGAAUUACUGAAGACCCUCGCUGAGUACCAACAGCUGAUACCACUGGUUGAAAAGGCUAAAGAAAAGCAAAGUGCCAAAAAAAUUCAAGAAGCAAAGUAAUAACAGCACAUUUUUCCAGUCAUUUGUGUAAUUUGCCACGGAAACCUCCCCAAUGUACAUUCGUCAUCUGUUCUAUUAAGAGCACCUGUAAACUGAACUCAAGUGUGGUGCUUGCAUUCAUAUUGUCUAAAAGCUUCCACGCUUGCAUGCAGAGAAAUGUUUAAAUAAACCUGUCCUAUUUUCAUAUAAAUUCCAUUGUUGGUGAAAACAA